UAAUUUUUCGUCGUUGGGAUUCGCCAUGCUUGCAGAUAUUAUACUGCUUUUUAAAGAAAAGUCUUAUUAUAUUUUACUCGAAAAAGUGGAAAGCCAACUCUUUCAGGAAAAUGGGCUAAUAAAACCGGAGUUCUUUCAAAACUAUCGAAGUAGAUUUGGUUUGAGUCAAGACUUUUCACCAUUUUAUACGGGUAGUAGAGCACCUGACGUCAUUGAAGAGAUUAUUGAGACUCUGCAACUUUUUUGCGAGAGUGAACGCGUAAAUCAUAUAUUUUCAAGUUCGUUAAAAUCUCGCUCACGUGACUUUUGCCACCUGUCGGAGGAAGUUUUUAAUGAGGAGAACGACCACGUGCGGUUGUGGAAAGUUACAACCGAUGCAUGGCACUUUGUUUAUUCGCUGAAAACUUUUACGUACUUGAAAAAGUUUAUUGAUGGCUGGAACGCUCGAAUUUCGCUUGCGAGACGCAAAAAAGUUAUUACGGAAGUUGUGGAGUUCUUGGUUUCUCUUUUCAAAAAAUGUAACGAAUCGCAAACCUACCAAUCCACGGCGUACGAACCGCCGACCCAAAAGUGCAAGCUUAUAAACUCUUCGCGAAUCAUAAAACAACAAGAACUUUUGAAUAAUAAAAAUAACGAACCUUUUGUAAGAACAAUCAACGCCUCUAAAAAGUUUGUAAUGAAAUCGCAAAGAAAAUAUUAUUAUAUCAAGAAAACUUAUGAAAAUACUUUUUUAGUACGGCUGCUCUACAGUUUUUCCAAGUAUUUUGAUAAAAAAGUAAAACGUUUACAAUAA